AUGGGUGACUGGAGUUUUCUAGGGCGACUGCUGGAGAAUGCUCAAGAACACUCCACUGUGAUUGGAAAGGUUUGGCUCACAGUCCUCUUCAUCUUUCGAAUUUUGGUGCUGGGUGCAGCAGCUGAAGAAGUUUGGGGUGACGAGCAAUCAGACUUUACCUGUAACACACAGCAGCCCGGUUGUGAAAACGUUUGCUAUGACGAGGCAUUUCCCAUCUCCCACAUCCGUUUCUGGGUGCUGCAGAUCAUCUUUGUCUCCACACCAACCCUCAUCUACCUGGGCCAUGUACUACACAUUGUUCGCAUGGAGGAGAAGAGGAGGGAGAGGGAAGAGGAACUCAGAAAGGCCGGACGACACCAGGAUGACCAUGACCCUCUCUAUCACAAUGGAGUUGGUGAUGGUGGAGGGAAAAAGGAGAAACCCCCAAUUCGUGACGAACAUGGAAAAAUCAGGAUACGCGGGGCAUUAUUGAGGACCUACAUCUUCAACAUAAUAUUCAAGACUCUGUUUGAAGUGGGCUUCAUUCUGGGGCAGUACUUCCUGUAUGGAUUCCAGCUGAGGCCUCUCUAUAAAUGUGGCCGCUGGCCCUGCCCCAAUACUGUGGACUGCUUCAUCUCCAGGCCCACUGAAAAGACAAUCUUCAUCAUCUUUAUGCUGGUCGUUGCCUGUGUCUCUUUGGUCCUCAACCUGCUGGAGAUCUAUCACCUAGGCUGGAAGAAAGUAAAGCGAGGGGUCACCAAUGAGUUUGCACCUGACAGCGAGUCACUGAUUCUGGCUGAAGAUGAGCCCACAGACGCAGAGACGAUCCCUGAGCAGACCUCUCCUUUGGUGCUCGACUGUCUGCCGACAUUUGGCAGCGUGAGUGUGACGGGAGACGGGGCAGCUGAGGGAGGGGCCUACAGCCCACCAGAGUCUUCCCCUGCUGUGACCUCCUUAAACGCUGCGACCACCCCUGUGCCUGCUGGGAUGAAGAUGGACAACACGGCGUUCCACCCAGACGACUUCUUGUUGGAUGCUGCUUCUUUUUAUAGCAGCAGUGAGAAAGUGGGUGUUGGAAGUCAAGGACAGCUGGUGGUGAUGGAGCAGAACUGGAACAACAUGGUGCUGGAAGUCCACGAUCUGAAUGGAAAAAAUUCAGCCUCAGCCUCCUCCUCUCCUGAAGUGGAAAAGACCCCAACACCAGAGGAGCAGCAAUCUGCAUUUCCCACACUUCCGCGCAACACCCCUCUUUCUUCUCUCAUGCCAAAGGAGACGGCAAUGAAAGAGGAAACUGCUGUCAUCACAGCACCUAAGGUCCUGCACAAUGACUUCACUGUGGUAACCAGGGCGGAGAUGCAUCUGCCUCCUGCUGCUGCGGGGACAGACAACCGCAAGCCAAGUCGGGCCAGCAAGAGUGGCGGUGGACGAGCUCGCCCCGAUGACCUGGCCGUGUAG